AUGCUAGAGUCAAAAGAUAAAGACAACUGGUUGCUGAACAACAUAGUGCCACUGCACGUUAUUGAGUGUCUGAAGAGAGAUGGCAAGUACUGUAGGACCCACAAUGACGUUGGAAUCAUCUUUGCAAAGGUCUGCAACUUUGACAACUUCUACGACGAGUCUUACCAGGGUGGGAUCGAGUAUUUGAGGGUCUUGAACGAGCUGAUAGGCGAUUUGGAGGAACUCUUUGAAGAUGCACGCUUCAAUCAAAUUGAAAAAAUCAAAACAAUUGGUUGUUGCUUGAUGGCAGCGUCGGGUUUGAACGUGCAGGAGAGCGCAAAAACACCUGGCAACCAGGAGACCCCAAACAGGCCCGACCACCUAGUGGCUCUCGUGGAUUUUUGCCUCGCCAUCUUCGAGAAGUUGCGAGCAUUCAACGCCAGCAUGCUCAACUUUGAGUUCAACAUGACCAUUGGUUACAACAUUGGACAGGUAACUUCCGGAGUGGUUGGUACAAGUAAGAUGCUGUUCGACAUCUGGGGGGAUGCGGUGAACGUGGCAAGUAGGAUGUACUCGACGGGGGUGCACGGCAGAGUCCAACUGACCGAGCAAUGCCAUCUUCUCCUCAACGAUCAAUUCGAUUUUGAGUUUCGUGGGGAGGUUUUUGUGAAAGGGAAAGGGGAUAUGAGGACCUAUCUGCUAGUUGGCAGGAAGAACUGA